CGCGUUAUUAACUCGGCGACGCUUCGAAUUGUCUCGUCAGUUGAUAUUCCUUAUCCAUAAACCUACGAUGCCUCCUAUUUGGAGGUCCCUUUAUAUUUUGAUUUCAGUAGGUGUUACUAUAGGAACUGUAGACGUUUUCAGUAAUUCGUUUUUAGUCAGAUUCAAAAAUGAUAUCGGUCCUGAAGAGGCGCAUUCGAUUGCUAAAAGACAUGGAUUUGUCAACAUGGGUUCGUUACUGGGGUCCAGGAGAGAAUAUCAUUUCGUAAACCACGGUAUACCAAUUGCCAGAUCCAAGAGGAGUAUACCUCAUGUGAGAAGAUUAAAAGUAGAUCCACUAGUUCACUCGGCAGUACAGCAGGUCGGGUUUAUCCGCGUAAAAAGAGGUUAUAAGCCGCUGAAAGUGGAAAAUUUAGUUAAAAAUAUAAAGCCUCAUUCAGAUCCGACCGAUCCGUAUUUUUCCUAUCAAUGGUAUUUGAAAAAUACCGGACAGAAUGGAGGUAAACCCAAACUCGAUUUGAACGUCGAAGCUGCUUGGGCUCAAGGAAUUACCGGCAAAAACGUUACCACGGCGAUAAUGGAUGACGGUGUGGACUACAUGCAUGCUGAUUUAAAAUAUAAUUACAAUGCAAAAGCCAGUUAUGAUUUUAGCAGCAAUGAUCCUUAUCCAUUUCCACGUUAUACAGAUGAUUGGUUCAACAGCCAUGGUACUCGAUGUGCUGGGGAAGUAGCAGCUGCUCGAGAUAAUGGUAUUUGCGGAGUUGGCGUGGCUUACGAUUCUAAAAUAGCAGGAAUCAGAAUGUUAGAUCAACCUUACAUGACGGAUCUCAUCGAAGCGAAUUCAAUGGGACAUGAACCCAACUUAAUAGACAUAUAUAGCGCAUCCUGGGGACCCACUGACGACGGAAAAACAGUAGACGGGCCCAGAAAUUCUACAAUGAAAGCCAUAGUUAAAGGAGUCAAUGAAGGACGAAAUGGCUUAGGAAAUAUUUACGUUUGGGCUAGUGGAGAUGGAGGUGAAGACGACGAUUGUAAUUGUGAUGGUUAUGCCGCUAGUAUGUGGACAAUAAGUAUAAACAGUGCAAUAAAUGAUGGUCAAAACGCGCAUUACGACGAAAGUUGUUCAUCGACUUUAGCAUCAACUUUUAGUAACGGUGCUAAAGAUCCAAAUACUGGUGUUGCCACUACUGAUUUAUAUGGGAAAUGCACUACCACCCACUCGGGAACAUCAGCUGCUGCUCCGGAAGCAGCAGGUGUAUUCGCUUUGGCACUUGAGGCAAAUCCAAAAUUAACAUGGAGAGAUGUUCAGCAUUUAACUGUUCUUACUUCCAAACGAAACUCUCUGUUCGACGCCAAAGGAAGAUUCCAUUGGACCAUGAACGGUGUUGGAUUGGAAUUUAACCAUUUAUUUGGAUUUGGAGUGCUAGAUGCUGGUGCUAUGGUGGCAUUGGCGAAAAGAUGGAAAACAGUACCCCCAAGAUUUCACUGUGAGGCUGGCAAUCUUAAUAAGAUUCAUAAGAUUCCGUCGAAAAAUUCUCUGUUGAUGAAAAUUAAUACAAACGCAUGCAAAGGCGAAAGCACUGAAGUCAGAUAUUUGGAGCAUGUUCAAGCCGUUGUGACACUAAACGCUACAAGAAGAGGAGACGUUGAAUUAUUUCUCACUUCUCCUAUGGGAACAAGAUCGAUGAUACUGAGUCGAAGACAAAAUGAUGAUGAUUCUCAUGACGGGUUUUCAAAGUGGCCUUUUAUGACUACACACACUUGGGGAGAAUAUCCACAGGGAACUUGGCUUCUUGAAGUUAGAUUCAAUUCACAAGUACCACAAACGGGUUUUAUAAAAGAAUGGUCACUAAUGCUACACGGGACUAAAGAUUCACCAUAUACAGAAUUAUCAGUAUUAGAUCCACAUUCAAAAUUAGCAAUUGUUAAAAAAGCACAUGAAACUAGAAGCAAAUUAUAAUUUUUUCAAAGUUCUAUAAUCAUUUCUUUUAAAGAUAAAAAUAGUGUUAUAUUUGGUAAACUAUUGGAUUUUCUUGGAGGCUAAUUAUGUUAAGACAAAAAUAAAAUUUUUCAUCGAGUUUUUUCAUUAGAAUUUAAAUGUUUUACAUGCCUAAUUUUUGGAAAAUCUACUGGAUUAAUACUUGAAUCUGAAUCCGUAAAACUGCACGGAUCUAUAUUGCUCAAGAGGGCUAUUUUUUUGCUUGCAAGUUCAGAGAUCUCUAUCUCUAGAGAUACCUACUCAUAUUUAGAAUUUUAAAACUAUGUUUUACGCAACUUUAAAAGAAAUAUAACCACCUCAAAAGCUCUCGACAAUAAUUGCACGACUUAGAUAGGCGUUAAAGUUUAUUUACAGUACAAGGGAUUUAUGAGAUCAUAUUCUUGAAAUCACUUCACUUGCUACUAGAGUGUGAUUACUGCCAACAGAAAUAUGGUUCUUGAUGCAAAUUUUGAAAUCUGAGCUGUAACAUUGAUUUUUAUCGAUAAAACAGUAGAUCCUCCAGGAAUGGUACACCUGGUUUACACAGGUCGAGUAGAGUGGGCAAGAUACUUGGCUCAGUAGUGAUUCGACAAAAAUUUGGGGCCCAAGUUAUAUAACCUAUUAGGUUAUACCUAUUAGAAGAAAUAGAUGAAGUUUUAGAAAAGGAAAUUAACAAAGAACCUAAAGUAUGGAUUAAAUAUUGGUUAAGAAGAAAAGACACUCUUAGAGCGUCGACUUUUACUACACAAACACGCUGUAGAAUAUGUGAAAGAGUACAAAUCUAUAUUGAGGAUGACUCUUCACCUAACCUCGAAAUUGAGCAAAGAACAUACGUUUUGCUUUGACAAAAUGGGGUAGAUGGGUUAGCUACUGGGCCGAGCAACUCACUUUUUAACUAAACCACUCGACUCGCCCCGCAACUGAUCGACUUUGCUGAUGUGUCUACAUCAAACUAGUAGACCAAGUGUGUGUAAUUUUAGUUUGUAUUUUCAGGACAAAUACCAUUUUGACAAUUUUAAAUUGUUUUAAGAAUCAAUGGGUAAUAUGUUUUUUUUAUAUUUUUUACUUUUGAAAUCUCAGGAACACAAUUUAAUAAUAAAAAAAUCGACUAAACUUCUAAAUAUUUUUUGUAUAAGAAUAUAAUGAGUUAAAUCUUUUAUCAAUUUACAUUGUUUUUCUCAAAUUAUGAGUUAUAAUCAACAUAUUUUGCUUCUGGGUAUAAAUGUACAAGAAUCUAUCAUUAGUUUACUAAUGUAAGUAUUCAUAGGACCAUAUUCACAUACUGGUAAGUAAAGUCAAAAUGUAAAUAAUGAAAUUGUAUUUUAUGCUCUUGAUUAUAUAGAAAUAUUCCUUCUAAUAGAUAUUAGAAAUACUAAGUCUCUUGUCGUUUGAGCUAACUCCUGUUAUGUUGAAAAAGUUUAUAAAAAGCUACAUGAUAGAUUAUUUUUUCAAAAUUGUAAUUUGUUUUAUAAAAAUUAUAUGUACAAAAAUAAUUAAUAAAAGUUAUAUACAUACAGAUAUUUGAAGUUUUUUAUUAUUAACCUGGGGAGUUUAAUUAAAAUAUUAAUUAGAAAUUAUUUUCAAAUUGGUCAACAUUCUCAACUCUUGAAAAAUAACCUACAAAUACUCACC